AUGCCAAAAUCUUCCAUCUUCUUCCUCAGUUCCAGUUCCCAAUUUGUCCUGUGUUUUCUUUUCGCUCCGCCAUAAUUCCAGUCCCAAACGUAUAAGAUGGGCGCAUAGUUUAUUUUACUUUUCUCGGCGAAUUUUAUUGUUUCUGGCCAUCCAAAUAGGCUUCCUACUGCCUUAGCCUGCAGUGAAUGGACUCGAUCAUAUCCUCAGCGCUUGAAGAGAUUUGCUCCCAUGGCAACGCUGGCCUCUCUAUAUCCUCUCUCUGGUUUAAACUCUCAGCCGACUUCCCUCUCUCUCCGUCCCUCAAAGCUAGCAUAUGGAAAAAUCUCCUCUUGGUUCCCACCCUUCAGUUCGAGGCCAGAAACGCACGCUAUAACAAUGCUGACAGUUCGGUUCAGUGCCUCGAAGACGCCGAGAAGCUUGGUUUGAGGAUCAUCGCUAAUGAGCAACUGAGGGACAACUUCGUUGGCCUCUACGAUGCGCCCUCUAACUUUUCCGCCGUGCAGCGUCGUGCUCUCGAGCGGCUUGCCAUUGCUAGAUCAAAUGGAAUAACGCAAAAUCAACUCGCCAAAGAGUUUGGUAUUGAAGGGAAAAACUUGUUUUAUAUAGUGAGAAACCUGGAAUGUCGAGGGUUGAUUGUGAGACAGCCAGCACUUGUGAGGAAAAAGGAACAUUGCAUCGAAGGAGAGUCAAAAACUAGUUCAUGUGUGACUACAAAUAUGAUGUGCUUAUAUCGUUAUGCAAAGCAUUUGGGCUCUCAACAAAGAUUUGAGAUCAACAAAGAAGACUACACCUUGGAUGGUAUUGAGAAGGAGAGUGAAAAAAAUGGAGAUGGUUUUGCUUUAGAAAGAGUUAAGGAAGAUGUGCUUAUAAAGGAUUAUUUGCCUGCAAUGCUAGCUGUUUGUGAUAAACUUGAAGAAGCCAAUGGCCAGGUUCUUGUUGUCUCAGAUAUUAAACAAGAUCUUGGUUACACUGGAUCACGUUCGGGGCAUAAAGCUUGGAGAAGUAUAUGUCGCCGGUUGAAAGAUGCUCAGAUAGUUGAAGAGUUUGAUGCUGUUGUGAAUGAGAAGGUUGAGCGUUGCCUCCGUUUGUUGAAGAAGUUUUCUCCAAAGGAUUUUGAGCUUACUGCCAUUGGAUCUGGGGAUAAUCUGGAUACAGAAAAACAAUUGAAAUUCGGAAGGACAUUUAGAAGAACUGAGCAGCUGGUAGAGCUUCCAAUAGAGCACCAGAUUCAUGAUAUGGUUGAUGCUGAAGGAUCUGAGGGAUUGGCUGUCAUGGAGGUUUGUGAGAGGCUUGGAAUUGAUAAGAAAAGGAACUAUUCUCGGCUUUGCAGCAUGUUCUCUAGAUUUGGGAUGCAUCUACAGGCAGAAAGCCACAGAAAGACCACUGCAUUUCGAGUUUGGACGUCUGGGAACUCUAAUCCUGAACUGUCUAAUGCUUUUCAUAAUAAAUCACAAGAUGUCAAUGUUGAGAAUAAUAGUCCUAAUAUUGAUAUGGACUACCUAGAUGUUGUGGAGGGACCGACUUCAGUCUUUGUCAACCAUGAUUAUUCAACUUCAGGGUGUCAUUUAUCUGCACCUGGAAAAGUGAAUGAUGGGGAAUUAGAUGUUGAAAAUUCUCAUAGUUCCAACCAAGAUGGUAAAACGGAAUGUUUGCCUUCUCAAAACCUGCAAGAAUCACUGCAUGAAGCAAAUGAGACAGAUCCCGAUGCAGAUCUUGAUGUAAUGAAGUCAGUGAUGGAAAAUGUCGCUCCAACAGAAACCAAGUCUCCUGCUAUAUUGAAGCCACCUAAUUCCAGAGCACAUCACCCUUAUCUGUUGACUGCUGAUAAUGCUCGGAGGGAGCAGAGAAUUCUUCAAUGGUUACAGGAUGAGAAGUUCAUUUUGAGAAUUGAGCUAUAUCGACGGCUUUUAAGUCUUGAAAAGGAUAAGAGCACAAAAAUGGAUAGGAAGACCAUUGACCGGAUACUAAGCAAGCUUCAGGAGCAAGGACUCUGCAGACGCAUGGUCAUCAAUGUCCCAGUUGUAACAAAUUGUGGUCGUAACCGUGGCACUUUGGUGGUCCUGCACCCCUCUGUUCAAAGCUUGACUCCAGAAAUACUUGGUGAAAUUCAUGAUAGACUGAGGUCUGUUGAAAUCCAAAGUCAUGGCCAGGCUUCUACUAGAUGGAAGAAUAAUGAAUCGGUUCCUGUAUUGAAUGAUGUGCAGAGAACUCAGAAUCAUGUUGGUUCAGAUUUCAGGGCUACUAGAUCAGAAGCCAUGCGCGCCAAUGGAUUUGUGCUGGCAAAAAUGGUUAGAGCAAAAUUACUGCAUGGUUUUCUCUGGGAUUACUUGAGUGCCACACCUGGUUGGGAUAAUGCUUUAUCAUCUAGGAAUCAUCACAGAAGUUACCAAUUGUUUUCUCUAGAAGCUGCUGUCAAAGCAAUUCCACUUGAACUGUUCUUGCAAGUUGCAGGUUCUACUCAGACAUUUGAUGAUAUGAUUGAGAAAUGUAAGAAGGGUUUGCGUCUUUCUGAUCUUCCUGCUGAAGAGUACAAACUUCUUAUGGAUACUCUGGCAACUGGCAGAUUAUCACUGGUAAUUGACAUGUUACGGCGAUUGAAGUUGAUUCGGCUAGUAAGUGAUGGACAUGUUGAUGAGGGAGAUGAGGGCCAACAGACCAAUUUGACUCAUGCUUUGGAGCUUAUGCCUUACAUAGAAGAACCACUUUCGAUAGUUGUAACAUCCAAUAUGAUAUCUCUUGAUCUUCGUCCACGGAUCAGGCACGAUUUUAUCUUGUCUAAUAAAGAAGCUGUUGAUGAAUAUUGGCAAACUUUAGAGUACUGUUAUGCUGCUACUGAUCCUAGGGCUGCAAUACAAGCAUUCCCUGGAUCUGCUGUUCAUGAGGUUUUUCUUUAUCGGUCAUGGGCCUCAGUUCGAGUAAUGACAGCUGAUCAGCGUGCUGAGCUCUUAAAGCGUAUAUUUAAUGACAAUAAAAAUCAGAAGCUUCCAUUUAGAGAGUGUGAGAAGAUUGCAAAAGAUCUUAAUCUGACCUUAGAGCAGGUACAAUUAUGUUAUGGUAUGCAUAAAAUUAUUCAUUUUCCAUAUGGCAGAAACAGCUCGUACUGCAAUCAGUUUCAUGCUGCAGUAUAUAAACUUAUUUUGACUGUAUUACAGGCUUGAUUUCAAUAUUGAUCA